UAAAAGAUUAAUGGCAGCAUCACAAUAAAUCAUAUCAUAUCAAAAGAUAAAGCAGCUUCACUGCACUCUGACCUCUCAUUUUAUCAAGGGCUUUGGAUAAACACUUUAAGUCAUUUUUAAUGUAAUAAGUAGUGAAAGGGAUUUAAAGAAUCUACAUUUAUGAAUGAAAUAGUUUGCCAAUAUUACAAUGUUAUUAAGCAAAUAAAUCAAAAUGAGCACCGCAGUCUUUGGGUAUUCCAAAUAAAAGGUUUUAGAUACAGAUAAAGCAAACUAUCAAAAACGACCCCUUUUUUAUCAGCCAGUCCUGAACUGAUAUCCAAAAGAUUUAGGAAAAAUUGCAUGAAGUAAAGAGAUAUGAACAGUGUCUUCAGAACGGCUUUUGCAGAAAGAACAGGGGGCAAUUUCUACAUUAUAUUUUUUAUUAAGGAAUUUGUUAGAAGGAUAAAUCUCAUUUAAAAUUUUGAAGUGAUGAUAACAAUGCCAUUCUUCCAAAACAAAGAGUCGUUACGUCACAUUUCAAGCGCGAUGCAACGCCAUGUUGGGGUGGCGAAAGUACUGGUGGGCGGAGUUUGUCUUCCAAAGGGAGCGGUCCGCCAAAUUCAAACAGACUGAACAAAGUAAGAGGACACAACACUGCGAUAUAGAACAAAGCAACGGAUAACACUAUGACAUCUACUGUGGUGAAUGGAGUUUGGAGGUCACAUACGGUCCUCGAUGAGUCGGACCCUGACUGCUCACCCGAGGCCCCACAGCAGUUUAAAAAGAUGCGCUCAUCCAGCUCACUGAACUCGCUCAGGAUGAGUCUUCGUAAACGUCUGCCCUUAAAACCUCUGCAGACCACCGGCAACAUCUCUGAAGACAAUCCCACCUGGGAAUCGCUUCAGAUCAACCAAAAGCCUAAUGUUGUCCGCAACAUGACCCGCAGAGCUAAAAGCUCUAUUGGAGACAUCUGUCAGAGGUUUCAGAAGAGCAGACAGUCACGUCAGGAGUGUCUGGUGAUGACACCUGGCAGAAUGUCUGACGGGGAGGAAUAUGAUUUUGUCGGGACAUCACAAACCCCGAAACGGUCUGCUGCCCGAAGUACCAUCACCCCCGGGCGAACUCCACGCUCAACCAGCAAGCGAGGGGCGCGUACCCCGAAGGACAGUGAGUCUGCAGUUAGGACAUUGAAGUCCAGGGGCACCAGAAGACAGCUGGUGCGCAUGGCUGCACUGAGAAGCCCAUUCGCAUCACCCAACACAAUGAACCGCAGGAGACAGUUUGACGAUGAUCUGGAUUCUGUGUCUAAUGGUCUUCAGAGACUGAAGCGUCUCUCACAUGCUUUUAAUGAUGCUAUUGGAAGAGAUGAGAGGAUUGAGGCCAUUGAGCACUACAAAACAGUUAUGACCACGGGCUACAGCUCAACCAAUCACAAUGUUUCCAGAGGACUGACCCGGGCAUCCAUUCGCAAGCAGACACAGCGCAUACAGCAGGCAGUGAGCAGCUGGACUGAUGCGGCUCUGUCAAACACCCGCAAGACUUCGUGAAAACGAACACAGUAGCAUGCUUUUUUAUAUGUGAAGGGGCCUUAUGUAGUAUUUUGAAGAGACACAUUUCUUAUUCCUGUCUGUCUGUCUGUCUGUAUCUUUUAAGUGUUUAAUGUAAUGGACAACUUUUGUAUCUUGUAGAGAUACUGCAUCCAUAUAUUUAGAGCUGCUUAUUUAAAAAAGUGAUUUGCAAGUUUAUGCAUAUUCAUGGGAUAUUGAAUUUCAUUUCAAAAUUAUUUCUGCUGUGAAAAGCCAUGAAAAAUGUACUUUAAAACAAUGUGAAUACCAAAUAUAGGCUUGGAAAAAAAAUGUUGAGGUCAAUAUAUGGGUGGGAUUACAAGUGAAUGUUAUUCUGUCAAGACGAGUGUUCAGGGUUUUGUUUGGCUUGUGUAUUUUAAAAGAUAACAGGGAUAAUCUUUUUUAUUUUUGUGAAAAUAUCGCUACCUAACACUGAACUGACAUGGUCUUUAUAUCUCUGUGGGAGAUAUUACUAAUGUUACUAUGUUUACUAACUCUAAACCUAUUUAGUUGAAUUGUAUUAACUGUAUUUUAGUGCUUUACUGAGUGUACGAUAGGUCAUUAGUAUUCAAGAUAAAAUGUAAAAUAACAAGUAUGUAAUGUCACUAACUUACUAAGAAAAUAUACUGCAAUAUGCACUAUAAUCACAAAGGUUAUAAUCAUAAUACAGUGGUUAAUAUUGUAUACACAAAAGUUGUACCUUUUUGUCACUGGGAUGGUACCUUUUAAAGGGACAGUUCACCUAAAAAUAAAAAUUCUGUCUUCAUUUAUUCACUCUCAUGUUGUUACAACCUGUAUAAAUUUCUUUGUUCUAAUGAACACAAAUUAAGAUAUUUUGGAGGAAUGUUUGUAACCAAACCAUUUGUGAACCCCAUUUACUUCCAUAGUAUUCUUUUUUCCUACCAUGAAAGGGAAUGGGUCCACGUACAGUUUGGUUACAAACAUUCCUCCAAAUAUCUUCCUUUGUGUUCAUCAGAACAAAGACAUUUAUUGAGUAAAUGAUAACAGAAUUUUCAUUUUGGGUUGAACUAUCCCUUUAAAAAGGUCCUAAUAUGUACUAUUUUGGUACAGAUAUGUACCUUUUAGGUACAAGUGUGCAUUUUGAAAAGGUACUGCCCCAGUGACAACUUUUGUACCUUUAUGUAUCUUUGCUUCUGAAAGUGUGGUAAAACAUUGCCGAAAGGAGAACACAAGAAUUUAGUGUGCUAACACACACGUUUGUCAAAGUUGAAAUGCAAAAGUGAUUUUUGUUUAAAAAAAGUGACAAGAACAGCAUAAUAGUUUUUUAUACUUA